AUGAGCGAUCGCGAAUCAAUUCAACUCCACAUUUUCUCGAAUGCGAGCGAGAACGCUUAUGGGAGCGCAGCAUACUUCCGGAUCAACAUCAACGGUCAAGUACAUUGUGCUAUUGUUGCCGCGAAAGCGAAGGUGGCCAGACUGCAGCAUUUAUCGAUUCCUCGACUGGAACUAUUGGCGGCCGUUCUCAGUGCGCGACUGGCGCAAUGGAUUCUCGCAAACCAUAACCUGUGCAACUUGAGAAUUUUCUUCUGGACGGACUCGUUGACAGUCCUCUCGUGGAUAGUAUCAGACCAUCGAAAUUACAAACAGUUUGUUGCUUUCCGAAUCGGCGAGAUCCACUCCCUGACGAACAUCAAUGAUUGGCGGUGGGUACCCACUAAAUUGAACAUCGCCGACAUCCUGACUAAAUGGGGGAAUGGCCCCCAACUAUCGUCGAAUGAGCAGUGGGUGAACGGUCCGAACUUUCUGUACCUUCCGGAAGAACAAUGGCCCCAAAGAGAGAAACCGACCCCGAAUGUUGCCGAAGAGCUUAGAGCAAUCCACAACUUCCACGAUAUUGUUCUACCUGAGCCGCUUAUCGACUGCACACGUUUCUCACGCUGGCUGGUGAUGGUCCGCACGAUAGGAUGCCUGUUCCGGUUUGCAUCCAAUUGCCGUCGAAAGAAGGAAAGUCAGCCGAUCCAAGUUGUACCCGUUCCCGAAACCUCAAAGCUCCGAAAACUAGUUAUGAAACCCUUGGAAUGUACAGUAGUCCCGCUAACACAAGAGGAGCAUCGUCGUGCUGAAGGAGUUCUGUGGGCGAUAGCUCAAAGUAAAGGAUUUGGUGACGAGCUGAAAAUACUGACGAAGAAUCGUGACGUGCCGCCGGAGAAAUGGAUCGCCAUCGAACGUGAUAGUCCCCUUCACAAGAAAUCUCUUCUUUUGGACGAGAAUAGAAUCAUUCGUCUUGAGGGUAGGAGUGCUUACGCCGAUUUGUUACCAUUCGAGAUGCGGUUCCCGAUAGUUCUUCCCAGGGAGCAUGAUGUCACAUCGUUGCUCUUGCAGUUCUACCACAAACAAUUCGGCCAUGCUAACGGUGAAACAGUCGUCAACGAAGUUCGGCAACAGUUCUACGUUCCACACUUGAGAGCAGCAGUGAAACAGAUAGUAAAGAACUGCGGAUGGUGCAAAGUAAAGAAGUGUCUGCCGAGACAGCCGAAGAUGGGUCCCCUACCUGAUCAACGACUCACUCCUGGGCUGCGUCCAUUUAGUUUCGUCGGCAUAGACUAUUUCGGCCCAAUCAUGGUCACUGUUGGGAGGCGAUCGGAGAAACGAUGGGUAGCGCUGAUGACGUGUUUAACAACCAGAGCCGUGCACAUGGAGGUGGUCCAUAGUCUGAGCAGCCAAUCUUGCAUCAUGGCCAUCGAGAGGUUCACCGGCAUCCGAGGCACCCCCUUGGAGUUCUUCUCGGACAAUGGGACCAAUUUCCAGGCUGUGAGCAAGGAGUACGGAAAGUUGGGACUGCAAAUCGAUACCGCUUGUGCUGAUAGGUUUACUCGAGCUCGCACACGCUGGAGCUUCAACCCUCCCUCAGCUCCUCAUAUGGGAGGGAUCUGGGAGAGGCUCGUGAGAUCAACCAAGGAGGCGAUGAAGGCUCUGGACGACGGCCGACGACUAACCGACGAAGUGCUGCUAACCGUGUUGGCCAAAGCUGCGGAAAUGAUCAACUGUAGACCGCUGACAUACAUUCCCCAAGAGUCAUCGGAGGUGGAAGCUUUAACGCCAAAUCACUUCCUCCGAGGUUUUCCGUCCGGGGAACAUCAUCAGGUGGAGGAAACGGCCAAUCCUGCUGAAGCUUUACGGGACCAGUAUAAACGAGCACUCCAGCUAGCGGACAUCCUGUGGCAACGUUGGGUCAAAGAAUAUGUGCCCUGUAUCGAUCAACCAACGAAGUGGCACGCCGACAGCCAACCGGUAGCGGAAGGUGACCUGGUGUACAUCGCCGAUGGUAACAGCAGGAAGACCUGGGUGCGAGGCGUGGUCCAGCAGAUCAUCCCUGGGCGAGACGGAGUGAUUCGCAGAGCUGUGGUGCGUUUGGCGAAUGGGAAGGAGCUGCGUCGUCCGGUGAACAAGCUUGCGGUGUUGGAGAUUGGUGGUAAAUCCAGUCAGGCGAAGGACCCUGCACUAGAGUUACGGGCGGGGGCGAUGUUGGCACCGCUGGCAACCAUGGCCCGAACAGCGACGCCGCCGAACCAGUGA